AACUGUCUAUCGCGAACUGUCUAGAAUAAACAUACAAUUUAACAAUGGAUCGCUGGUUGAAUCGUGUUGCCGUCGUCACUGGAGCCAGUUCCGGGAUUGGAGCUGCCUGCUGUAAGGAUUUGGUAGCCAAGGGUAUGGUCGUUGUUGGCCUCGCACGUCGCGAAGAACGUCUUCAGGAGCUGAAGGCAUCGCUGCCGAAAGACCAGCAAUCGCGGUUCCAUGGCCGAAAGUGUGACGUCAGCGUUGAGCAGCAGGUCAUUGAGGCAUUCGCUUGGAUUGAUACAACUUUGGGUGGUGCUGAUGUUUUGGUCAACAAUGCCGGCAUCGCUGGUAAAUUACAAAUCACCGAUCCAGACAACGCUGCCGAUCUGCGCGCUGUUUUGGACACCAAUGUUCUGGGAGUUUCGUGGUGCACACGCGAGGCUUUCCUUUCGCAGCAGCGCCGCAAAGUCAACGAUGGCCAUGUGGUGAUCAUCAACAGCAUUGCGGGCCAUAUAGUUCCAGUGGUGCCGGGAUUUGGUUUUAGGAUGUAUGCCCCAUCUAAGCAUGCCAUCACCGCACUCACCGAAGUACUGCGACAGGAGUUUCAGCUAAAGAAAACGCAGACGAAGAUAACUAGCAUUAGCCCUGGUGUUGUCGACACAGAGAUCAUUGGUGAUAAAAUCAAGGAGGCAAUGCCCAUGCUGCGGGCUCAGGAUAUCGCAGAUGCGGUGACCUACACGUAA